UGAGCGGUGCAGUUGCAGUUGCAGAGGGAGGGCGAAGCGAGGUAGAGAGAGAAAGAGAGCACUGGGCUGUGGCUCUUGCCUGACGUUCACAAGCGAGCGACAGCAAAGUGCAGCCAGACUCUCCGCCAAGAAAGGAGAGCGAGCGAGCCAGAUCAGCACAGGAGGGAGCAGAGCAGACUAGGAGGAGCAGCUCUCCCUGUGCGCUGGGAUUUGCUAUUGUUAUUAAUUAUUAUUUUUACCCACUCAUUAAUUUAUUCCCCCGCCCCCACUCUUACCGGCUUGGAUUUUCCCUCCACUCCCCGGCCAGAUUGGAUUUUGAAAGCGGUGGAAAGAAGGAAAGGGAUCCAAUCCCCACCCCCGAUCCCUCCUAGUUGCAGGAGAACAGAACCAGGGAUCCAAAGCGGGGAUCAGCCCCCCUCCCCUGAAAGGAAACUCCAGCUUGGGAGCAGCCGCAGGAAACCAACCCGAAGACUGGAAAAUGCAUUGAAACUUUCGGGCAAACUUUUUUUGUGUGCGCGCGCGUGGGCUUUUCUUACCUCUCCGAGGGGAAAUCUGUUACAAAUCGGUGCCGUUUGGAGCGUGGAUUGUCCCUCCGGGGGUCGGAUCGGAACCGGGCCGGACGGAGGAGGCUGAGCUUUGUGCAGGGAACAAGGGAGAGGGAGAGAGAGAGAGAGGAAAAAAAGGGGGGUGUCUGUUCCUUUGGCGGUUAGAGAGCCGGGCUCAUGGAGGGGUGAAACCCGAGACUGAAGAGUUCCCCCCGGCCGCAAGCUUUGCAGAAAUCGCCCAGGAGAGCGGCUCCAGGAGAGGGAGGACGAGGGCACGGAGGAGUAGAGAGAAAGGGAAGGAGACAGGCGGCCAGAGAGAGACAGCAAAAGCUCAGCAAGCCACCCCCCUCCCCCGACCUGCUCCAGGAAUCAUGAACUUUCUGUUCACUUGGAUCCACUGGGGGCUGGCGGCGCUGCUCUAUCUCCACAACGCCAAGUUGUCGCAGGCCGCUCCGACCCUGGGGGAUGGGGAGAGGAAACCCAAUGAAGUUAUCAGGUUCCUGGAGGUCUACGAGCGCAGCUUCUGCAGGACGAUUGAGACCCUGGUGGACAUUUUCCAGGAGUACCCCGAUGAGGUGGAGUACAUCUUCAAGCCGUCCUGCGUACCCCUGCUGAGGUGUGCAGGCUGCUGCGGUGACGAGGGCCUAGAAUGCGUCCCCAUGGAAGUGCACAACGUCACCAUGGAGAUAAUGAGAAUUAAACCCCAUCAGAGUCAGCACAUAGUGCACAUGAGCUUCUUACAGCACAGUAAAUGUGAAUGCAGACCAAAGAAAGACGUCAAAGCUAAACAAGAAAAAAAAUCAAAGCGAGAAAAGGGGAAGGGGCAAAAGAGAAAGCGCAAGAAAAGCCGGUACAAACCGCUCAGCUUUCACUGUGAGCCUUGCUCAGAGAGGAGAAAGCACUUGUUUGUACAAGAUCCCCAGACCUGUAAAUGUUCCUGCAAAUUCACAGACUCACGUUGCAAGUCGAGGCAGCUUGAGUUAAACGAGCGCACUUGCAGAUGUGAAAAGCCGAGACGGUGAGCAGCGGAGAAGAAGGGGGAACAGCCCUGUUUCUGGAGCUUGAUUUCUCGCCUGGAUGGAAAAAGAAAGAAAGAAAGAAAGGAAAAAAACAAAAACCCUAAUCCAAAUGAACCCUAAAAUGAAGGA